UGUACAUUGUAAACUCUGCAGGACUUUCACACGAAAAUACAGCUGUGCAGAAGUUUCAAACAUCUACUAAAGAUGGAUGUGCACCUUCCUCCUCAUGAGGGAGACGAGCUCUCCGUGGUUGACAUGCACACCGGAGGAGAACCGCUACGGAUCAUUGUGGGUGGCUAUCCGGAGGUCAAAGGAGACAGCGUGCUGUCCAAGCGCCGCUACGUCCGGGAGAACCUAGACCACCUGAGGAAGGUGCUGAUGUUUGAGCCGCGGGGUCACUACGAUAUGUACGGAGCCCUGAUUGUCGACAGCGAAAUACCCGAGGCCGACCUGGCCGUGCUGUUCAUGCACAACGAAGGCUACAGCACCAUGUGUGGACACGCCGUCAUCGCGCUGGGACGCUUCGCUGUGGACUACAAACUGGUGAAGGAACCACGCUCACCAGAGACACAAGUGAACAUCCACUGCCCCUGUGGUCUGGUCAAGGCCUUUGUUGAGUACUCUGAUGGCAAAACAGGAGCAGUGAGGUUCCUAAGCGUUCCAGCAUUUGUUUUUGCAACAGAUGUGACAGUAACGGUAGAGGGGUUUGGUGACGUGACGGUUGACAUCAGCUAUGGAGGAGCCUUUUAUGCAUUCGUUAACGCCCAAAGGUUUGGUCUGGAUGUGACAAAGUCAAGGACUCGAGAUCUAGUCGACGCAGCCACAGCGGUAACCAAAGCUGUCAAAGCUGAGGUGAAGUUACAUCAUCCCACCAGUGAUGACUUGGCCUUCCUUUAUGGCACCAUCCUCACAGAUGGAAAAGACGAUUAUUCCUCUGAACCUACCGCCAACAUCUGCGUGUUUGCAGACGCCGAGGUGGAUCGAAGUCCAACGGGCUCCGGUGUGACAGCUCGAGUGGCUCUUCAGUAUCAGAAAGGUCUGAUCCGGCUGAACCAGACCAGGACGUUUCAGAGCGGAGCCACCGGAUCCCAGUUCACAGGGAAGGCUGUCCAGGAGACCAAGUGCGGAGACUUCGAGGCGGUGGUGGUGGAAGUGGCUGGCAGAGCCUUUUACACUGGAGUCUCACGUUUCGUACAGGAACCAGAAGACAAACUGACAUGCGGGUUUCUGCUGAAGUGAUCAUCUUGUUGGAAAAAAAUCUUUUCAUCAUCACGCAUUUUAAAUACAAGUGUGUUAGUUAUGGGUUUUUUUUUUCUGUUGCAUAACUUCUUAACAGUGAUGAAUCUCUAACAGAAUAACCAGUAAAUAAAUUAUUAAACUGGGCAGAAAUCUGGUCUGUACCUGCAUUUGCUGUUAAUUCAAACCUUUUAAUUUGUGGAAUAACUAAAAAUAAAUGUUGCUUCACUGCAGAAAACAUUACAAAUAAAAGUUAUUGACCACUA